AUGGAUGUCGGGUGGUCGAACAGCGACGCCUUCGACAAGGCGAAGUGGGAGCCAAUGCUGGCGGAGCUCUUGGGAAACGGAUGGCGAUUGUGUGGCGACAAAAAUGGGAAGCCCAACGGCGUGGUGAAGACGAUCAGUUUCCAGAAAGACUUACAACGAGAAGCUUUUGACCGCGUCAUGUUUGCAGUGAGAAAACUUUGUCAUCACGAUCCGGAACUUUGCUUGGUACGAAUGCCACGAAGAUGGUGGAAAGACGCAUAA